CACGGAAACCUCACGAUUCAACAUCACGACCGCCAUCGCCAGCAUCACCAGCAAUUGCACGUCGCCAUGGCUAAGAAAGCGAAGUCUCGUACCAUUAUGGUACGCCUCAUCUCGAUGGCCAUGACUGGCUACUACCGUACAAUGCAACGGCCACGUGCGCACCAACCGCUGAGCAUGCUCAAGUACGAUCCUAUCGUGCGAAAACAAGUACUCUUCCUUGAGGCGAAGCGUGGAAAGAAAUAGAGCGAUUAAUCGGUUCCACGAAUCACAGCGGUGCAAUGCUAUGAUGAGAAAGCACGAGUCGAGCACGCCAGUCAGGACAUAGGAGACACCCGAAAUGUGGGAGCUACCACACUGGAAGGGAACAACAGCGUACCACACGCAAGACGAUAUACCACAAUGUCGAAGAUAUGUACGAAUAUUGUACGUACACUGUACCAUAUACAGCACGGCCUGGCGUUAUAGAUGGAUUCGACAGAUACCGGGCAAAGGCCCUGGAAUGCAC